AUGGAUAUCACGCAGGCUAAGACACCCUUGGACGUCGUCAUUGUAGGCGUAGGGAUUGGUGGCAUUGCCGCAGCUCUAACGCUCGGUUUACGAGGACACCGCAUCACGAUCCUAGAGUCAGCACCAAAGCUUAUGGAAGUUGGUGCUGGGAUCCAGGUCUCCCCGAAUAUGCUAAGACUUUUCGACAGAUGGGGCGUAUCGCCAUUAAUACAUGCCAAAGACGUCGCAUUAGAGCGGAUUCACGUACGGAGAUGGCAGGACGGAAGCCUUUUGGGUACUAUGCCUGUGAAUAAGACCUUCGGCCAGCAAGUGGUCAUCCACCGCGCAGAUCUCCACAAUGCGCUGGUCGAGAAGGCACUAGAGCUGGAGAAUGUUGAAUUGCGCGUGAACUCGCACGUCACAAAUGUUGAUUUUGACUCGACCACUGUAACACUGGCUAACGGCACCGCUGUCGGAGCCGAUAUUGUCAUUGCAGCUGAUGGCAUCAAAUCAGCUCUUCGAGAUCACCUUCUAGGCGAAGAUGCUUCCAAACCUAUGGCGACCGGAGAUGCUGCAUAUCGGAUCAUGCUGACAAGGAGUGUGAUGGAGAGUGACCCUGAGUUGAAAAAGCUUAUCGAAGUACCAGAAGCCACACGGUGGCUUGGUCCAGAACGACAUUUGAUCGCGUAUCCCGUCCGGAACCACGAACUGUACAAUAUUGUCCUUCUUCACCCUGACCGGCACGGAAUCGAGGAGUCUUGGACCACGAAAGGUUCAAAACAGCGAAUGGUAGAUGACUAUGAGGGGUGGGAUCCGAUAGUCACCAAGCUGAUCGGCUUGGUUCCGGAUGAUGAGGUGCUAGAGUGGAAGUUGUGUCUGCAUCCGCCGCUGAAGACGUGGAUCAAGGGCUCUGUGGCGCUGAUCGGAGACGCCUGCCAUCCUAUGCUGCCAUACGUCGCCCAAGGUGCCGCUCAAGCAGUCGAGGAUGCAGCAGCUCUGGGUAUAGUGCUCUCUAAAAUCGUCUCCAAGCAGGAAAUACCCUUGGCACUCAAGGCAUACGAGAAAUCUCGCCAAGAGCGCGCAAAUACUGUUCAACAGUCUGGCUCGCUGAAUCGCAUCACUCUGCACCUUCCAGACGGCCCGGAGCAGCUUGCACGAGAUGAACAGUUCCGGGCUUCGUUGGCAGGAGGAGAAAAUCCAGACAAGUGGUCGGAUCGAAAGACACAGGAGUUCUUGUGGGGAUGGGAUGCAGAGAAGGCAGCGGUACAAACGUGGGAAGAGCUUCAAGCAAGCACGUACUCAGACUUUUAUCACCAACAUCACCUGUAG